AUUAUUUCCAAAUUCAGCAAAACUCGUCUCCGAUGAAAGCAGUCUUACUUAACACCCCGAUUUUAACCCCCGAAAGAUUCCCAAGCACCUGCACGUACAGUGGAAUUAACUUAUCAAUGAGAUACUUUAUUUUUCACUUUGAAUGGAAACAGCCACUCACACUGAGUCUUUAUUGGCAGUGUGGAGCAUAUUAUUAGUUCAACCUGAACAGCUUUGACUGAGUUGCAGAAACAGAAAAAAAAAGGAAGAAAUAUUCGCGUGGAGCUGACAGACCAAAACUCACUGAAGCUGUGUGAGUUUACACAACAGGACCCUUGUGUCAUCUUCAAGACAACCACCGGGCUAAUUCCCUCAUCUCCUUCCUAAUGAUCUCUGUGUUUGUGUGUCUGAUUUAAAAAACAAAAAAAAACAAAACAAAAAACCAAACAGCUCCACAUCAGGCAUCCGGACAAUUCACUGACAUCAUACCAGCUCGGUGGCAUUCGCCAGACCAGUGCUACCAAUUCACUCUGCCAAGCAGUUGGGGGCUAAUGUUUGUGAAACAGACGGCAAGAAAAAGGAGGAGAGCAAAGGGAGGGAGGAAGGAGCAUGUUUGAAAGAUGAGAACGGGAGAGAGAGAGAGCUCCUCUUAAGUCCUCCGAGCUGGCGGGGCUCAUAACAGAAGACGAGGCUGUUUGCAGCUGCAUUACGGCCGAAAACAGGCAAGACGCAGCAGAGGGUGUAGAAGAGACUCCGGUUAGAAGAACUAUCACUGACCUAACAUGAUGGAGGUGGUCCUAACAAGACUGCGGGACUUCUCCUGCAAGACCUCCACCUUUGAUGACUGCAAGGAAGCACAAGAGAGCACGAGCAGGGACCCUGAGGCCAGAACCAACCAUGUCAAGGAAGGGUGCACAUCUGGUGGAGAAGCAAGCAAACUGGACAUAGAGAGUGCACUGGCCUGGCUGCGAAGGGAACUGAUGGAGAUGCGUUCUCAGGAUCAAGCCCUGAUUCGACAGCUGAUGGAGCUUCACUCAGGCAUCCAGGAGCUCAAGCAGGAGCUGUAUGAGGAGGAGCAAGAGGAGGAGACGUAUGAGGAAGAAGAGGAGGGGAGCUACUGGGACUCUGAGAGUGAACAAGGAAGCGGCAGUCUCUACUCCAGCUCAGUGGAGGGGGGCUUUUCCAUUUCCUGCCUAAAGAUGCCUCAGCAGCUUUAUUCGGGCACUUUAUCGAGGAGGAUGUUCUGCAGGAGAAGCUCUGUGCCUUAAAAAGUCAGACAAAUUUUUCAAAAAUGUGCCUUUUAAGGCAGUUAACAUAGACAAGGUGGAGUACGGUGACCCCAUUUUCCACCGCUUCACUUAAGAAAAAACAAAGCUUAAAGUCAUUUUAACUUACGGCUGCAUACAAAUUAGCCAACAAUGUCAUGGCUUAUACUUUAUUUUUAUUUUCAUAACACGAAUAUGACAUUGUAAAUGAAAAAAGGCACCUUAGACAAAAACAAAUGUUUUUUUGUUUUUUUUUGCAAAACAGGCUAAUUAGUAGUUGUGGGGCACAACAGCCAUGUUGUUUUUUUGUUUACUUGUUUGUUUUUAGUGUCAAAACGUUGAGUAUAUCCAUAAAAAUACAUGCUGGUGAGUUAUAACACAAGUCAUCCACCUUCCAGCUCGAUUAAUAUUCAUAAUAAACACGUGUUUGUUUGAUUUUUCUGUACCAAGACGUAAGCUGGGAGUUUUUACAUUGGAGUCUAACAGGAUGAACUACUUUUGGAGUCACCCUCAAGUGGCCAUUAGAGGAACUGCUGUUUUUGACAGUUCUGUUUUGCCUAUAUUUUUUAGCCAUGAAUAAAUUAUCAUUUUAUUUGCAUAUUACUUUUCAAAAUAAACAUUACAAAGUGCUUGACAACAAAAAGGAUAGAACAUCAAAACAAAAAACAAAACAAAAGACAGCAAAUGGAGUUUAAAAAGAUGAGUUUUUAGCUGUAUUUUAAGUCCGCAAAUAUUAGAGUCUGGAGUACACUGUCUCCUUUACUUCUCCUUUUGUGAUGCACAGCCAGCAGGUACUGAUCACAUGACCCCAGGCACCUGUUGGGUUGUAUGCAUGUAAAGGUUUACUGGUAUACUCUGGUGAGUGUCCAUGCAGAGCUCUAAGAGCUUUAAGAUUCUUGUUAAAACAAGAAUCUUAAAGUGGAGUGUGAAGUUGAUGGAACUAAAUUAACAGUGUGACAUGUGAGAAAAGAGUACACCCAGGUUUACUGAAGUCAUAGUUAUGUGAGUGGUUUUCCUACAGACUACUACAGAUUAAAUAAAAAAUAUUUUUUUUAAAGAGUAUGAUGUAGCAGGAAAAGUAGGAUUCAUGAUUCAUGCUGUCUGGAGUAUUUUAUUAGCCAAACUAACCCAUCAAUGGCUGUAGCAUCAUACAGUAUAUACAUUUCCAGUAUGUAUAUAUUGUUACAGCCUGGAGGUUGUUUUUUUAUAUCUCCAUGUGUUCAUUGUAACUGCAGAUAACUAUUCUGAUUUGACAUAUGAGUUUUUAAAAUGCUCUUACAUGUAGAUAAAGAUGGGCUUUUUUGUUUUUGUUUGGGAGUGACACAUGAAUGUAUUUAUUAACCAUUCCUGAAUUUUAUAGCACUUUUUAAAACAGGUACUGCAGUGGUUACAGUAUGCCAGCUAAAUAAAGACGCAAAGACGG